GUACCGAAAUGGGUCCACAAAGUUAUUCGGCCGAUAGCAGCAGAACUGGAAUUCUAUAUGCCGCAACCCUUCACGGGGGAGAUUCUGGGAAUGUGCAGAGCAUUGGGAAUAAGUCUGGGAGAUGGAGUCCUGCUUAACUUUGCCUAUGAAUCUACUGCGUUCUGUACUAGUAUUGUCGCUCAGGAUGACAAAGGAAACAUUUACCAUGGUCGGAACCUGGAUUACGAUUUUGUGGAUAUAUUAAGCAAGAUUACAAUUGAUGUGCAGUUCAUAAAAUGUGGGCAGAUAGCGUAUCGAGGCACCACAUUUCUUGGUUAUGUAGGCUUAUGGACUGGACAAAGUCCACAUAAGUUCACGAUCUCCGGUGAUGAACGAGUGGGUGGUAGAUGGUGGGAAAAUGCAAUAGCUGCUUUUCUGAAUCGGAAUUACCCCGUCAGCUGGCUUGUCCGAGACACCCUGAGCAGAGCAGAGGACUUUCAGUCAGCUGUUCUCAGGCUAGCGGCCGUUCCCAUCAUUGCUGAAGUUUACUAUAUUGUAGGAGGUGUAUCGCCCAAAGAAGGCAUGGUCAUAACGAGGAACAGAAGAGGGCCAGCAGAUCUCUGGCCUCUCGAUCCUUUAGGUGGAGCGUGGUUUCGUGUGGAGACAAACUAUGACCAUUGGACUACCCCUCCUCCUUUUGAUGAUCGAAGAACUCCAGCCAUCAAGGCUCUCAAUGCUACUGGACAGCAUAACAUUGAUUUUUCUACGCUUUUUAAGGUGUUGUCAGUGAAGCCAGUCUUAAACAAUAACACGGUGUAUACCACAGUAAUGAGCGCUGCAUUUCCAGAUAAGUACCAGACGUGGAUCAGAACUGUGAAGUGA